AUGACUAAUAAUAUUGAUAUACUUGACAAUAUUAUUAUUUAUUUAUAUCGAUAUGUUACAUUGAUUCUUUAUUUAUUGGGAAAUAUUGGAAGCUUAUUAACUGCUUUGAUAUUUUUUAAAAAAACAUGGAAAAAAAAUGUUUGUGUAUUUUACUUUUUAAAUUGUUUAGUAGUUAAUUUCGCUUAUAUUAAUACUACUAUGCUUGGAUCAAGUUUUACUUUUGGUUUUAAAAUUCAUACAGAAAAUUCAAAUGUUGUUUUAUGCAAAAUUUUCUAUUAUUUAUCAUAUCUUUUUUCUGUACUUUUACCUAAUAUUCUUAUAUUAGCAUCAAUUGAUCGUCUAUUAAUUUCUUCUCAAAAUAUUGAUACACGUUUAUAUAGUUCGAAACGUUUAGCUUAUUUUUUGGUUAGUGUCAGUACGAUUUUUUGGAUUAUUUUCUAUAUUCAUGUUUUAAUUAAAAUUGGUGUUCGUCGAAUAGAUUCAUCUGGUUUUACUUGUUAUUAUGAUACUUCAGGAUUUUAUUUUGAAUUUAUUUCGUAUUCAACAUUGAUUAUUGCUGUUGGUUUAGCUUUAGUAUUAAUUAUUUUAUCUAUUUUAGCAUUUAAAAAUGUUCGUCAACUUCAAGCUAUUCCACGUCAACAACGACAACAACUUCGAAUAAUGCAUAAAAAAGAUUUUCAACUUCUUUUUUGUCUUUAUGUACAUGAUAUUGUUUAUAUUAUUUUCAAUGUUUUUGUAGCUGCUUAUUAUGUUUAUGCAGCAGCAACAAAAGAUCAAAUACGUACAUCAUUUCAUCAAACUAUUGACAAUUUUCUUUCUGGUUUUGGUACUUUUAUUCAUCAUAUUCCAUAUUGUGCUAGUUUUUUCAUAUUUAUUAGUGUAUCAAAAGCUUUUCGACAAGAAAUGAAACGAUUAUUCUACAAGAUGUAUUGCAAAAAUUUUAAACCAAUACGAGAAGCAGAAAAUAGACAACAAAAUAUUGAACGAGAUAAUGUAGAAUUAAAUGUUGCUGAUGCUAUUGUUAGUACAAUUAUCUUACCAUAUUAA